CAAAACUCACCGCGCCAGCAGAACGAGACCAAUCCAGUGCAGUCAUAUAACCUACAUCUUUGGUACCAACAAAGGCCACACAUGUACAAAUAGCGUAAAUUGUAGUUAUGAUGUCCACUUCAGAGCAUUAAUAACUAAAUCGUUGUUACAUCCUGUUAUCCAAGAGUGGACUGACCGGGCAAUCUUUUGUGGCAAAUCUAUUGAAGGGAUAAACGUGGGAUAUAAUGCCAAGAAAAGCAGGUUACAGGCAAAACGUGGAAUCCAAGACAACUGACCAUGCCAUGCCCAAGGAAACUGCAGUAAGGUCCAGAAAAAGAAAAGCAGAUGUUGCCAUUCAUUUGCAAGACCCGGAUGAAGAAUUGGCAGAGAUGACGAAAAAGAAGUCAUGUGGAUCUCUGAACUGCUGGAAUCAGGACACAGGUUUUACAAGCUUGUGUAGACGCAUCCCCUCGCCUGACCACGGAGUCGAUCGACCGGUUGCUUUGAGUGCCACUGGGUUUGCUGCUCAGUACACUUUCAAAAACAUAUUUUUCACGCCCACCCGGUCCUCCCCUCUUCCCGUGCUAUGCUGGGCGAGCAAAGAUGAUGUAUGGAACAACCUGUUGAAGAAAGACAAGACAUAUUCCCGAGACAUCCACAUGAUGGAGAAACACCCACACCUCCAGCCCAAGAUGAGGGCUAUUCUUCUGGACUGGCUAAUGGAGGUGUGUGAGGUUUACAAGCUACACAGGGAGACGUUCUACCUGGCUCAGGAUUACAUUGACCGGUUCUUGGCCACCCAGGCCAACGUGUUCAAGUCAACACUACAGCUCAUCGGCAUCGCUGCUCUGUUCAUAGCGGCCAAGGUGGAGGAGAUCUACCCUCCGAAGGUGCACCAGUUUGCCUACGUCACUGAUGGCGCCUGCACCGAGGAUGAGAUCUUAAGCAUGGAGCUGAUCGUUAUGAAGGAGCUGAACUGGAGCCUGUGUCCCCUGACGCCGGUGUCCUGGCUCAACAUCUACAUGCAGGUGGCCUACCUGAAAGAGUCUGACCAGGUGCUCGUCCCACAGUACCCGCAAGCUACGUUUGUGCAGAUUGCAGAGCUCCUGGACCUGUGCAUGUUGGAUGUGAAAUGCUUGGAGUUCCCGUACGGGGUGCUGGCCGCCUCAGCCCUCUUCCAUUUCUCCUCGUUGGAGCUGGUGGCCAAGGUUUCAGCUCUGAAGUGGUCCGACGUUGAGGAGUGUGUGAGGUGGAUGGUGCCCUACGCCAUGUCCAUCAGGGAAGUGGGCAGCUCCGCCCUGAAGACCUUCAAAGGGGUCACAGCUGACGAUGCCCACAACAUCCAGACCCACGCCGCCUACCUUGACUGGAUGGUCAAGGCGGGCUCCUACCCACAAGAGGAUGUCGAUCGUAGCCGGAGUUCCCCUGUGCCAUCCGGGGUGCUCACACCACCCCCCAGUAGCGAGAAACCGGAGGCCUCCGUGUCCUGAUCUUCCCCCUGUGGGUUAGUAUGGGUACCGGCUGGAGAAAUUGCAAGUCUGGACGAAAACAUGGCAACUUGGGAGAGUACAUCGGCAUUACACCCACCAGUGCUGUCAGUAAUUUUGUAUGCGUGCAGGGUUUAUUCCAUGGCUCUUUUUUGUGCUGAAUUGGAUGUUUCUUUUGGUAUCUCUGCGUUUUGAGUGACAGUUUUAAUUGGGAUUAUGCCAAGCUGAACCACCUGCCAAAAACCCAGAGCUGUCAGUGGUUCUGAGUGCUGCUAAAGAUGGUGGACUUGGAUUGACGCAGGAACCGAGGACUGAUAUGGGAGUGUGCAGCUCACUCAUGCCAUUUUGAGAGAGUGAAUACUGCCAGGUUUGUUUUCCGGACUGGUAGCUCAGCUGCCAAAAUGGACAAGUGGAACUGCCUGCUUCAGAAGCUGAAAAUGGAUUGUAUUUAAAAUUUUAACUCAACUUUAUUUGUUCUAUCCCGAGAUGAGGGAGGGGGGGUGGUCUUACCAAAAUGAAUGAUUUGUUUUGAGAUCAGAUGCUGCUACUUCAUAUCUUAUUUUUUAAAUAAAGUCACUGUCCCAGACAGCUUUUAUGUUUUACAA